AUGCGUGUUACCGGUGGUGGUCAUCUGAGCAGCACUGUCAGGUUGUUUACUGGUAUGACAAGUCGUUGAUUGUCGGUAUGAGUACCAGGAGAAGGGGAGGAAAGCCAAACAGGGGAGGUGGGAGAUUUAACAAGCCGAGAGGUGGUGGAGGAGGCAGAGGAGGAGGCUCAGGUGGUGGAGGAGGGAGCCGCAAAGGGAGAGCCAGUGACUGGGAUGAUGGAGAUGAUUUCAGCCUUGACUUUGGACCAUCGCGUACUAGCAGUCACAGACCUAAACCUGUCAGAGGACACCGAAAGCUCUGGGAUGGAGCGCAAGGAAGAGGAGGAAGAGAUGACAGGGACUUUAGAAACACUUCAGGGAAAGCAUUGCCCAGAUCUCUGGCAAGAGACAAACUGAGCCUGAAGCCGAGUGAUGGCAUUAAGUCUGAGGGGAGCAGUAUGCCGCUUCAGAGGAUCUUUAUGACAAAUGAAAACCAGGAACAACUGAAGGAGCUGCUGCGGGAACUCCAGACUCAAGACUUUGAGCCAUUUGAUGAGUGUAAUUCAGAUUAUUCUGGUGAUGAAGAGGAGGAGGAAGAGUAUGAUGAGCUGGACCAUCGGGAGGAGGGUCAGUUUUGGGCAACUCAGGAUGAGCCUGUGGAUAGGGCAGAAACACUUGACUACAACUCCCUGUCUGAUGAGGAGAAACCACCACCUGAACCUGUCAUAUCCUUAUUUGCCAUUGGGAAACUCAGCAGGUAUGGGUUUGACCGGGAACGCAGCAAAAAGGCCCUGGAGACACGUGAUGGAGAAUUUGGAUCCACUUUAGAACACCUUCUUCAGCAGGUUUUCAGCGAGCGUUAUGGGCAGAAAGCAAUGUGCCCCGAUGACCUGGACAACGUGCCAAUGGACGAAUGUCUGAGCCAGAGGCAGGAGGAGGCUCUUGCUCUAACUGCCAUUUACGGAGAGCGAUUCAAUGAGCGAAUUGCCAAUGCAGUUUGGACAGUAUCCCUUGAUUUGUCAUUUUUAUCACACAAAGCUGAGAAAAAACAAAAUGGUGAAAAAGUUCAUAUUCGUGACAUCUGCAGAUUUUUCUUAAAAGGACAAGGCUGUCGCUUCGGGGCAAAAUGCAGAUUCAAACACCAACUUCCUACCAAAGACCCUUUUGAAGAUGGUGCCUCGAAAAAGACUAGUCCAAGCCAAUCUGGGAUAACCAGCUUUUCUGCCCCUGAGUAUGAACUGGAAAUCCGCUUCCCCAAAGGAAAUCGAUACCCUUUUCAGGCUCCAAUAGUCGCCUUUAGCACCAAUGAUGAGUCUGUGGAGGCAGCAGGGAGACUUAGUGUUACAGAGCGGAUCUACGGAGAGGCGCUUUCUGCUGCAAAGAGUAGUGAGCCUGUAGUUUACACUUUAAUAACUUUGUGUGAAGAUGAAGAUACAAUGAAGGAGUUACUUGCAGUUAAUCAUCACAAAUACAGCACCCCACCCCCUGUUUUGCCUGCCACUCCACCCUGUCUGUCUGUGGCAAAGAGCAAAAGUGUGAAAAGCAACGGAUCUGAGGAAAGUAGGAGCAGUAGUCCUAGCAACAAGAGAGUGGGACCACCUAACAACUACCAAACCAUGGAUCCAUAUAAAGAUACAGGAGACACUGAGGAGCAUGAUGAGAGGGAUGAGGAGGAAGAAGAACAGGCUGUACCGGUGGAAAAUGAGAGCUAUGUCAGUUUGAGGAAGAAAAUUGUAAACAAGCGCAACCUGAAAAUAGACAAUCUUCUGCAAGAAAAUGGCAGGCUGUGUAAGGAUUAUCAGAAAAAAACGAGCUCCAGAAGAUUCAGAUCGAUCCUGGAGCAGAGAAGCAAUCUUCCCGCAUGGCAGGAAAAAGACACGAUCCUCGCUCAGCUUGAAGGAUGUCAGGUGUUGGUGGUCAGUGGAAUGACUGGGUGUGGUAAGACCACCCAGAUCCCCCAGUUUAUCCUGGACGCCUCUUUAAGAGGUCCGGCAGACCAGGUCGCCAACAUCAUCUGCACCCAACCACGCAGAAUCUCAGCCAUUUCAGUGGCACAGAGAGUGGCUCAGGAGCGGGCUGAGUCCCUGGGCAAAUCAGUUGGUUACCAGAUCCGCCUUGAGAGUGUUCGAUCAUCCUCCACUAGACUCCUGUACUGCACUACUGGUGUGUUACUGAGGAGAUUGGAAGGAGAGGCAGAUCUCAAAGGGGUCACACACGUGAUAGUGGAUGAGGUGCAUGAAAGAACUGAGGAAAGUGACUUUCUGCUUUUGGUGCUCAAAGACUUGAUCGUUCAGAGGCCAGACCUAAAGAUAAUUUUAAUGAGUGCCACUCUUAAUGCCAGUCUCUUCUCUGAAUAUUUCUACAACUGCCCCACUGUCCAUAUACCAGGUCGCACUUAUCCAGUUGAACAGUUUUUUUUGGAAGAUGCCAUUGAAAAAACAGGCUAUGUCAUUGAAGAUGGGAGCCCUUUUAUGCGUUCAGGCAAACAGAAUGCAUCUAGUGCCGGUGGACGAGGAUGGAAAGACUCACGAGAUUUAGUGGAGGAUCUAAGUGAAGACAUGUGGAAUUUCAUGUCCUUCUGUAAAAAAGACUUUGUCAAAGACACUAUCCCAGACCAACAGCUCGGCUUUCAAGAUCUGACAAUGAGAUACAAAGAUACCAAAAAGUCUGUUUUGAAGACGAUCGCUGCUAUGGACUUGGAUAAAAUCAACAUGGACCUGGUAGAAAACCUCUUAGAAUGGAUUGUGGAUGGAAAACACAACUACCCCACUGGUGCAGUGUUGGUCUUUAUGCCAGGCCUCGCAGAGAUCAAAAUGCUCUAUGAACAGCUUCAGUCAAAUCGGAUGUUUAACAACCGUGGCGCGAAAAGGUGUGUUGUGUAUCCGUUGCACUCCACUUUGUCCAAUGAGGAGCAGCAGGCAGUUUUUAGCCGACCUCCCACUGGUAUCACAAAGAUUAUCAUCUCCACAAACAUCGCUGAAACCUCCGUAACCAUUGAUGACGUGGUAUAUGUGAUUGACUCUGGAAAGAUGAAGGAGAAAAGGUACGAUGCCGCCAAAAGUAUGGAGAGCCUGGAGGACUCGUGGGUGUCCAGAGCCAAUGCUCUGCAGAGGAAAGGCCGAGCAGGACGUGUGGCUUCGGGCGUGUGCUUCCACCUCUUCACCAGCCACUGUUUCCAGCAUCAUCUGUCUGAGCAGCAGCUACCAGAGAUCCAGAGAGUCCCACUGGAGCAGCUCUGCCUCCGAAUCAAGGUGCUGGAUGUGUUUGCUGAGCAGACAUUGGAGUCAGUAUUCAGUCGACUUAUUGAACCUCCGGUUAUGGGGAGUUUAGACGCAGCCAAACAGAGACUGCAGGACCUGGGGGCUCUGACAGCAGAUGAGAGGCUCACCCCACUGGGCUACCACCUGGCUUGCCUGCCGGUGGAUGUGCGCAUUGGAAAACUCAUGCUGUUUGGAGCUAUAUUUCGCUGCUUGGACCCAGCACUCACCAUUGCAGCAAGUUUGGCUUUCAAAUCACCAUUUGUGUCUCCAUGGGAUAAGCGUGAGGAAGCCAAUGAAAAAAAAAUGUUUUUUGCUCUGGCUAACAGCGACCAUCUAGCUUUAUUACAGGCAUACAAGGGUUGGUGUUUGGCUGCAAAGAAUGGAAACCAGACUGGCUUUGCUUAUUGCAGAGAGAACUUCCUGUCUUGGCGAGGCUUACAGGAAAUUGCCAGUCUAAAGAGACAAUUUGCUGAGCUGCUGUCAGAUAUUGGCUUUAUAAAAGAAGGACUCAGGGCCAGGACAAUAGAGCGUAUGAGCUACAAAGGGACAGAUGGAGUCCUGGAGUCCACUGGUCCUGAGGCCAACUUAAACUCUGAUAACAUCAAACUCAUGUCUGCUAUGCUCUGUGCUGCCCUCUACCCCAAUGUUGUACAGGUGCGGUCUCCUCAAGGAAAUUACAAAAUGACGAGCAAAGGGGCCAUGAAGAUGCAACCAAAAGCAAAUGAACUUCGUUUUCUGACCAAGAACGAUGGAUAUGUGAAUGUGCACCCGUCCUCUGUCAACUACACUGUUCGCCACUACACUAGCCCAUACCUUGUGUACCAUGAGAAAGUGAAAACAAGUCGUGUGUUCAUCAGGGACUGCAGCAUGGUGUCCGUUUACCCGCUGGUGUUGUUUGGAGGGGGACAGGUCACUGUGGAGUUGCACAAAGGAGAGUUUCUCAUUUCCCUUGAUGAUGGCUGGAUUCGAUUUGCUGCUGCCUCUCAUCAGGUGGCUGAGCUGGUUAAGGAGCUGCGCUGGGAGCUGGACCAACUGCUGGAGGAUAAGAUCAAGAACCCCAUCAUGGACCUGUGCAGUUGUCCUCGCGGCUCUCGUAUCAUCCGUAUGAUUGUCCACCUUAUUUCUACACAGUAACUGCAUCUCCAAGGGCUCACAGUACACACACUUACAGUGUGCUACUGCAGUAGUGCAACACAUGGGCCUCAAUGUAUUAUGUAAGGAUCAUGUGAUUAUGUAUCUCUGCCACAAUCAAGGUUUACACAAAAUAUAUUUACUAUAUUUACUACUAAACAAGACUUCAAUGCUUAAUUGCCUUGAAAUAAUCUAUGCAGUGAACCACAAAGUAAUGCACUUCUCUCUAAAUAUAAUGUCUCAUCUACUGUACAGACAGUAUUGAGGUGGCUGUGAGCUUUAAGAAAAAUCACAUUUACUGUUUACCUUUGGGUUGUGUUUUUCACACAACGGUACUUUUGUGUCCAUAUUGGAUUUGUGAUAUUUAAUAUUACUAUUUAGAUUUGUCAAUCAUGCAUUUACUAAUAAAGACGUCUGCAAUCAG